AUGUCUAUUUUCAUGGCAAAGAAUCAAGAAGUAACAGAUGUCUUCCAAGGAGUGAACUUCAAAUGGACACAGAUAACCAGAGAUGUUGAAUUGAAGCAGCUGACAGACGAAGGUCAGCAAUCCCAGGGGUCGGAAGUGAGGUAUUAUCAGCUGAAGUUUCACAAGAAGCACAAGGAUUUGGUCUUCAAUUCUUACUUCCCUUUCAUACUAAACGAGGGGUAUAAUGUGCAAGAAGCAAAAAAAACCUUGAAACUGUAUACUUUGCAAAGUGACUACUUUCUAGGAUACACUGGUAGGGAAGAUUCAUGGCAUUCCGUAAACCUUCACCAUCCAUCUACGUUCGACACACUGGCGAUCGAUUCAGACCUCAAGAAGACAAUAAUGGAGGACCUCAAUAGGUUCGUGAAGAGGAAGGACUACUAUGGGAGAGUAGGGAAGGCAUGGAAAAGGGGAUAUUUACUGUUUGGUCCGCCAGGCACGGGGAAAUCGAGCUUGGUGGCCGCGAUGGCCAAUUAUCUGAAUUUCAGCAUCUAUGACCUGGAAUAUACAAAUAUCUCUCAUAACUCUCAGCUGCGUAAAGUGCUGUUGGCAACUGAAAACAAUUCCAUACUUGUCGUUGAGGACAUAGAUUGCAGCCUCGGGUUGAAAGAUGAACAAGCAGACAACAACCCUUCAGAUCCAUUCGGUAAACGUCCCUCACCUCGACAAAGCCAGGUGACAUUGUCAGGAUUGCUCAACUUCAUAGAUGGGUUAUGGUCAAGCUGCGGAGAUGCAAGAAUCAUAGUUUUCACGACCAAUCACAAAGAAAAGCUCAACCCUGCUUUGCUGCGCCCCGGACGAAUGGACAUGCACAUUCACAUGUCAUACUGCACUCCUUGUGGUUUCAAAACACUGGCAGCUAAUUAUCUCAGCACGACUGACCACCCACUUUUUCCUGAAAUCGAAGAGCUAAUGAAGUCUGCGCUGGUCACCCCGGCCGAAGUCGGGGAGCAACUGCUGAAGAAUGAUGAUCCUGACAAUGCCUUACAAGGACUGCUAGGAUUUCUCCACACGAAGAGAAGGGAAAAUUCCCAAAUUCAAGAGAAUGGCCAGGACCAUAAAAGAGACAGCGAAGAGAAGUUAGAGAACUAG